CCUCUCCGCUGUUUGUUUCUCUCUAUAUUUCAUGUUAGGGUUUAGUUUAGUGAUAUUCUUUCAAUUCCCAAACAAGGUUUUAUGUUCGAUUACUUGUAUGAUAUCCCAAUUCUCUGUUUGUCUUCCCGGAAAAUUUUACCCCAGGAAAAUUGUGAUCAAGGGAACAGAAAUGGGUGAGGAUUGCUCUAGUAGCAAUGAAAAUUUGAGGACUAAUUGGACGCCACCUAUGGACAAUUAUUUUAUUGAACUUUUAAUCGAUCAAGUGCGCAGAGGGAAUAAGACUGGUAAUAUAUUUAGCAAAGGAGCGUGGACAGAGAUGAUUGCACUCUUUAAUGAACAAUUUGGAUUCAGGCACGAGACAGGCGUUCUAAAAAACCGAUACAAAUGGUUGAGGAAACAAUACAAUAACAUAAAGAUCCUUGUCCAGAAUGGAUUUAGGUGGGAUGAAAAGCAGCAGAUGGUAACUGCUGAUAAUCAUGUAUGGGAUGAAUACAUCAAGGACCAUCCUGACAUGCAUUCGUACAGAACCAAAGUUGUACCAUUUUACAACGAGUUGUGCAUGAUAUGUGGGCAUGCAGUUGCCGAUGGAAGAUAUAGUCUUUCGUGUUUCGAUGUAGACUAUGAAAAUGAAGCAAAAGUAUUGGAUGAUCAGCCUCCUGCAAAAGAUGAUCGUAUUAAAAUUGACUGGUCACAGAAAAUGGACGAGUAUUUUGUUCAACUUAUGCUGGAGCAGGUGCAUAAAGGGAAUAAGAUUGGCCGUACUUUCAAGAAUAAAGCAUGGAGUCACAUGAUUUCUCAGUUCAAUACAAAAUUUGGGUACCAACACGGUAAAGUAAUCUUGAAAAACCGUUGCAAUAUUUUGAGAAGGCAGUGCAAUGCCAUAAAGUUUCUUCUUGGUCAGAACGGGUUUAGCUGGGACGAAACACGACAAAUGCUGAUAGCCGAUGAUCAUGUUUGGAAUAAGGUUAUUAAGGCAAGUCGCAACUUUCCGAGGUACAGAAAUAAAACCGUGCCAUUUUAUAUUGAUAUGUGUCUCAUCUAUGGGAAUGAAUCUACUAAUCCAAGAAAUGAUAGUGCUCCUCGGAACUCAAGUUACGAGAAUAGAGCUCCUACUACUAGUGGUGGAAUUGCUAUGCUUGAGGGAUGCAAAGAAACAUUGGAUUGGGGAAGUGACACAAAUUUGAACGGUCAACAGAAAAAACGUCAACUUGAGGUGCAACCAACUUUUCAACCGUCUAAAAAAGCACAAAAAAUUAACGAUGUGGGUAUGGAAGAUGCUAUGCAAGAGAUGGCGGUGGCUGUUACGACAUUAACAAAGAAGAAGAAGAAGAAUGGGAACUGUAUAUCGACAAAAAAUGUUAUUGAUGCUCUCCAGGCCAUACCGGACAUUGAUGAGGACCUCUUGCUGGAUGCUUGCGACUUUCUGGAGGAUGAGAGAAGAGCAAGGAUGUUUUUAGCUUUGGAUGAAACUCUGCGAAAAAAAUGGUUAACAAGGAAACUUCGCCCUUAGUAACUAUACUGAUAUAGCGUAGAAUUGUAGAACUGUUAUUUGAAUUAUACUUAUAUAACCCGGUAAAUAUUUGAUGUGUUUAUCAUAUCUCAAAAUUGGGAUGGUGGUAUUGCUCUUUUUGUUUUGUUGACGAGUUAAGCAUGUGCUAGGUGUUUUGGUCAGUGUGUGAAGGUGGUGAAAAUUGGAGGAGUUCAGAGAAUGCAAUGAUUAUAGUGAAUUGGUUUAGGAGACAAGUUUUAUAUGCCUUUGAUGUCAAAAUUUGAUCUAAAAUGACCUCUAUUUAUUGAGAUGUAAUUUCUCAAAAGAGAAUUUGUAUUUUUAAUAAAUGCCAGGGAGUGUAUUUGUAA